GCAAUACUACUGUUAGGGUUGAGGCAGCAGCAGCUGGAGGGGGAGGAGGAAGAGGACGGGGACGGCGGAGGAGAAACUCCAAGUCCCAGAGACCUCGGCACCUCCAGUGGCGCUGCAUCUGCUUGAUCUGCUGGAGUCUGGACCGGAUGGUUAUGGCAUCGUCUUCCAGCCGCACGUGUGUGGAAGUGGAGGCGAUGGAGAGGUCGGUGCGACAGCGGGUUCCGCCGCUGCUCACCGACCUGUACCAGUUCACCAUGGCGUACGCGUACUGGCGGACGGGCCGUCACCGGGAGCCAGCGGUGUUCGAGCUGUUCUUCAGAAACAGCCCGUUCGACGGCGGAUUCGCGCUGUUCGUCGGUCUGCACGACUGUCAACUCUUCCUGCGCAGCUUCCGCUUCUCACUCCAAGAUGUGGAUUUCCUGCGCACCAUCCUGCCUCCGUCCACUGACCCAGGCUUUUUUGAGUACCUGCGGGACCUGGACUGCUCCGGUGUGACCGUCCGUUCAGUUCCUGAAGGCUCUGUCGUCUUUGGGAGGGUUCCACUGAUGGAGGUGGCCGGUCCACUGGCUGUGGUUCAGCUGCUGGAGACCAGUUUACUUUGUCUGGUUAACUAUGCCAGCCUGGUGUGUACAAACGCAGCCAGGUUCCGGCUGGCAGCUGGACCCAGGAUGAAGCUGCUGGAGAUGGGCCUCAGACGGGCCCAGGGGCCAGACGGGGGCCUCACUGCCUCCAGAUACUCGUACAUUGGCGGGUUUGAUCUCAGCAGUAACGUACAGGCUGGACUCCUGUAUGGUGUUCCCGUCGCAGGGACCAUCGCUCACUCCUACGUCACCUCCUUCACCUCCUUGGAGGAGGUUCACCCUCAAACUCUGGUACCAGCCGGUGGUGAUCCUGACCCAGUGGACAUCAUCUCUCUGGCCAAGGGAUGGUUGGGUCGUGUUUGUGAACUUCUGGGAGCGGCACCUGGGAAGAUCAGAGAGGGAGAGUUGGCUGCUUUCUUGUCCUACGCCAUCGCCUAUCCACACAACUUCCUGGCUGUGAUUGACAGCUAUAGUGUUGUCAGCAGUGGUCUGUUGAACUUCUGUGCCGUGGCCUUAACUCUGUGUGAUCUGGGCUACAAGCCCCUGGGGGUCCGUCUGGACAGCGGGGACCUUUGCAAGCAGUCGUCCGAGAUCCGUCGUGUCUUCAGACGCUGCAGUGAGCAUUUCUCCGUCCCUGACUUUGACUCUCUGACGAUUGUCGGGAGCAACAGCAUCUCAGAGGACAAUAUGUUAGAAUUUAACCAGGAGAGUGAAAUCAACACAGUUGGUAUUGGAACACAUCUGGUCACAUGCACAAAACAACCCACACUUGGCUGUGUUUAUAAGUUGGUGGAGGUCCAAGGAAAACCCAGGAUGAAGAUCAGUGAAGACCCAGACAAGAGCACCCUACCUGGGAAGAAAGCAGUGUACAGACUCGUGGACAGUGAUGGCCAUCCGUUUCUAGAUCUUCUGUGUCUGUCGGUGGAGUCUCCCCCAGAGGCUGGAGCCUCACUGACCUGUUACCCCCUGGGACCUAACACCUCCUCAGUGUCCGUCACUCCAGCUCAGGUCGCUUGUCUUCGUCAGGAAGUAUUUUCUAAUGGCCAGGUCACAGAGCCUGUGUGCAGCGCUGCAGAGACCAGGACGAAGGUGCAGGUCGUCCUCCAGACUCUUCAUCCUCGCCAUAAAAGGUUGAAGGAGCCAGACACCUACACAGUCGCACUGUCAGAGAAACUCCAUGACCUGGUGACAGAGGGGAAAAAUGGCAGUUGUUGCGAGAGCAACUUUGUCCAAGACAACUAAAAAAAAGGACCGUGCACAGCAACAGCUGUCAUCUCCAUUUUU